AUGAGCGAGUUGAAAGAGCUAAGGAUCCAUAUUGGAAAUAUUUCAAGUAAAUUACAUGAUAAUAGCAGCCUUUUAGAACAACGAUUUUCCAAAUAUGCCACAUCGGUGAUUUCACCUUUGGAGUUUCACACCAAGCCAUUGCAACUUCACUAUUUCGCAUAUGUCACUAUUUCUAUUACACAGCAAAACUAUGAGAAGUUGAAAUCAGCAUUGAAUGGAGUCGUGUUUAUGGGAAGUAAACUUAGUGUCUCAAUAGCAAAGCCAUCGUAUACUGCAAGACUAGAGGAACAAGCAACAAAGAACAAGGCUUCGGUAAAUCUGCGAAAGGUUGCAAAGAAGUUGGAAAAAGAGGUUAAAAUAGCACAGGCAAGAGCUAGACGAAUAGAAGAGUCUCAAUGUACAUACCCGACAAACUCGUUUACCCUGGGUAUACGAAUAUCAGAUCGACUUCCCAUUCAUGAUUGGUUUUCACUUUCUGAACACACAGCAAACAAUACUACCGCAAACACGAAAAAUCCACCACCAACUCAUCGCUUAGAUGGAACCAAGUCGUAUGGUGCUACAACGGGUAGUCUUGUUUACAAAUACAAAGAUGGGAAUUCUGCUAGCGUGAUCAAAGGUGUUCAUCGACGUACACCAAGAAAAGAUUUGAAACUGCAAACUUUGAGAAUAUUGAUAAACGGAGAGUUGAAAACUUAUAAAUGUUACAAGACCAAGUUGUGGGGCGUCGAGAGGGGAAGAAGUUUGCGGGAAUUGACCUGGAAAUACGAGGAUGGCAUUGGAUGGAAAAGUGGCGAUGAUCACCUUGUAGAAAGUGUAAGUUGUGGAAUCAAUGGAAGACAAGCCAUGGAAUAUGGUAAGAGAGUGGCCAUGGUUGAUGCACACACUGGAAAAGGUCCAUCAAAUUCAGAAUCAUAUAGUAAAGGCUUUCACUCGUUGGACGAAGACAAUGACGCGAAGAAGAACAAAUUGGUCCUUGCUGCUUUCUUACAAACAUUUGAUUUUGAUAAACCAGUUGAUGUCGAAGAAGAAGCAAAUUUGGAGAAAGAUGACAUUGAAGUUGAUUCAAAAGGUCGUAGAAAAGUGCAACACUAUGAUUACGAGAUUAAAGAUUCUAUAAAUGAUACGGACAUGGAUGUGGAUGAAAAUGAAAAUGAAAAUGAAAAUGAAAGUGAGAAUGAGAAGGGCCAAGAGAAUAGAGAGCUAAAAGACAUCGAUAUUGAACAAGUUAUCAAACAAAGUACAGUUGAUUUGGAAAAACCAAAGGAAGAGACAUAUUAUGACGAAGAUGACGAAGGUAACGAUAUUCUGGACUUGGAGUUUAUCGAGAAAGCUGCAUUUGUAUCUCAAGGUGAUAUUCCGACAAAUUUGGAAAGACAAACAAAAGCAGACUCAGGAGUAGAAUUGGGGACAAGUGCAACACAAAAUGUCGGACUGAUAGUCAAAGAAAAAGUGGAUCUAAACGAAGAGCAGUUAGAGUCAAAAAGUUCUGAGGUGGAACCUACACCGACAUUAGAUACAUCCUUGGAAAAGCAAUCAUCACAAACAACCAAAGCCCUUCGCUCUUUGUUUAACCCAACAGUCUCAAUCGCAACAGACGUGAUUCUGAAUGCAGACGAAGACGAACUAGCAAGAGCUACUACUACUGAUACUACUACCACCACCACCACUACUACUACUACUACAAAAACAACAACAGGUGGUGGCUUCAAACUAGCUCUUUCUGACGACGAUGAAGAUAUUGAUACAGAGAAAGUAUUUCCUAUCGUACAAAAUCAGCAACAAAAUGAUAACAAUCAGAAUUCAAACAAUCAGGACCAUGCGUUUAAUACACAAAUCCAAAGCCAGUUGAAAAAUCAAAAGAUGAGUCAUUUUGGUCUUUUUUGGCCCCAUUUGGACUCUCCUUUCCUUUCAACUCAAUCACAUUUGGCAAAGAUUGGAGCCGUGGAAGAUGAUUACAAGUAUACUUGGCCAAUGACUCAAAAUGGCCAAAUUGGCCCAAAUAGUCCAAAUGGCGAUGUUUCAAAGAUACCAAGCACAAGCGGAAACGGAAAUGAUGACAAGCAAGUAGAAGUGGGAGAAGAGACCGAGUAUGAGAAGUGGUUUUGGUCCGUUCGUGGUGAAAUUACUCGUGAGUGUAAACGUCGUAGAAGAGACUUAGUCAGAAAUUUCCGUAAACGCAAGUAA